AUUGUAUUGAUUAAAAAUUGGGAACUUGUGUCCGUGGAAUUGCGUCCGUGGAAUCGACUGAUGACUACGACGGUGUGGUGGGACAUCAACGGCUGUCCGGUUCCCGAUGAUUACGAUGUAGGUAAGGUCGGUCCGUGUAUAAAAUUAGCGUUGGCGAAGUUAGGCAUCGAUGGUCCAAUCACCAUCAAUGCCAUGGGCGACCUAAAAGAAAUCUCUGAUCAAGUCUUAAAAAGCUUAACUUCAUCUGGAAUCUGUGUUGCAUACUUCCCAUUCAAUAUCGUCUUGUAUACGGGGUUGCUUAUGGAUUAUAAUCUACCUCCGGAUAAUACACAAGUGUUUAUAAUGGAUUACCAUAAUUUGCUGAAACUCUCGGCGGUGGUUUUCAGUUUAAAAGAACGUGGAUACAACAUAGUUCUGGUAUGUCCAGAAGAGCCUGCAAAAGAGCCUCCAGAAAAGCUUCCUCAAUACGCAGGUUUAGACCUGCACCGUUUGCCCUGGGAAAGCGUGCUACAAGGUUGAUGCCAUGUUUUCUGAACCCCCGAAGAUCGAUUAUGAAGACUCAUCUGAAGAGGAUGAGGAUCUUGAUGAACAAGAUGACCCAAAGAAGCAAAAGACCUAAUUGAGCAUCUACGUGAACAAGACUAAGAAGAAGAGUACAUGGCCAGUGGCUGAGCUAGAAAAUUUUGUUAUAGGGGUCAAAGUUUUUAAUAAGUAUAUUAUAUAAAAUUUAUUAUUAGUUUUGUCUAGAAAUAA